UUUCUUUUUUUUUUUUUUUUUUUUUUUAUUUAUUUAUUUGCAGUUUCCGGGAUACAGAGUAGUAUGGCUAUAUGCAUGAAAUGACCUUUGUCACACCUAGACCGACGCUGGAUCGUCUUGGAAAUGGAGGAAGCACUGAUAUGAGAAAAGAAAAGUGUUAUUGUUUAUUGUUUAUCCAAAGCAUCAUGGUGUCGCCUAUGUUCAUAAGCAUCUACGUGAUUUCCCAACCGCUUUGGAGGUUUGGUUCCAUUUUGUCUACUCAAAUUACGUUGGGUUAUCGAAGCAGAUAGCGUCUUCUGAUAUCUUAUUGAAGCUUCUUUUAUGCUCUUAUUUGCUGCAUUGGUUUGAGUACCUGAUUAGUUGAGACUGGAUACUCUUUCAAUCAAGGCGAACCUUGGGGAAUUCGACGAUUGACG